GCCAAUACCGCGUGACCUGUUCGACCAUGCCCGCGCGUUACAGCGCGCAUACAAUGUGCUCUACGCACGCGUCGCCACGGACAUCGCGUUUUUAGACCGGGUCAUGGGCGCAGAGGAAGGUGUUGGCCGCACAGAUACCUUUACAGGCGAGCUCUGGCGGCGCUGGCGGCGCGUGCGGGAUGAGGGAGUUGCUAGGCCGCUUCAACUCGGACUUUUCAGGUCCGACUACAUGGUUCAUCGUCCCGAUCCCCACGGCCCAGCGUCCCUGAAACAGGUCGAGUUUAACACGAUUUCGUCCUCGUUCGGAGCGCUGUCACAGCGAGUCGCGGCCCUGCACAGACAUCUGCACAAGACUACAGGAUACUACGGGAGCUCGUCGUUGUUGAAAGAAGAGAAUUUCCCCGCCAACGAGACAGCCACUGGUCUAGCCGAAGGAUUGGCAGCUGCCCAUGCGGCUUACGGUGUACAAGACUCUUGGAUUUUGUUUGUUGUCCAAGAAGGAGAGCGGAACGUAUUCGACCAGAGAUGGCUGGAGUAUGAGCUCCUCGAAAAGCAUGAGAUUCGUGUCAUCCGGCAAACCUUUGAUCAGCUUGCAAAGUCUGCCUCCGUUGACCCUAUCUCCCGCAUGCUCUUGAUAAAUGACUCGAGCCUGUCGCAAGUCAACAGCGUUGAAAUCGCGGUUGUAUACCUCCGCGAAGGCUAUACCGUGACAAAUUAUCCGACGCCAGGACACUACGACACUCGUUAUCUCCUCGAAAGCUCGCGUGCAAUCCAGUGUCCCUCGAUCCCUUUGCAGCUUGCCGGUGGCAAGAAAGUGCAAGAAGUGCUCACCAAGCCAGGCGUGCUGGAGUCCUUCCUGUCCGAUUUCCCUCAGUCUGAAAUCGCAUUACUUCGCGAGAGCUGGAUGGCGAUGUGGGCACUGGACGAAGGUGGCGACGAGGGUGUACAGAAAGCACGGGCGGAACACGCAAAUCUCGUACUCAAGCCGCAGCGUGAGGGCGGCGGGAAUAACGUCUAUAAAGGGGCGAUCCCGCCUUUCCUCGACGCGCUACCUGUGCAUGAACGCGAAGCAUGGAUCGCCAUGGAGCUUAUCCAGACACCGCAGGGCCUUGGCAACUACCUCGUCCGCGCAGGCGGUGGCACUGAGGGCGCCGUCCAGGCGGAGGUCAUCAGCGAGCUCGGGAUUUUCGGCUGGGCGCUGUUUGGUGGGACGGAUGGGCAAGUGCGGGAGAAAGAAGUCGGGUGGCUCCUUCGCACGAAGGGCAAGGAGAGCAAUGAAGGCGGUAUUGCUGCUGGUUUUUCGGUGCUGGAUUCGGUGGUCCUGGUAGACUGAGAUCUUAUGUGAUAUCUAGAGGACAAAUAUGUACAUGUAUAACAAC